AUGAUAAUUUGGUUUUCAAUUGAGUUUGACUAAACAAAAAAAAUCGUAUUUGUAAGAGAGUGGUGCGUUUUUUUUUAAAAGAAUACACAAUUUAUGUUGCUAAGUGUCUAGAAUGAUGUGAAAAAUAACCUUGGAAAAAUUACUAUGUUCUUAAAAAACUUCCUUAAAAUCUCAAGAUUUAGAUAUUAAAUUAAUUAGAGACAUUAAAACUUAAUCCAAGAGAUUUCCACUAAAAUUUUCGAAAUUAAUGUUCUACAUAGAUCUACUUAAACAUGA